AUUGAAAAUCAAUUCACUAAAAGGAAAAUCGACACAAUGCCUCACGGCUACGAAUAACUGCUUUUGUUUCAGACGUCGAGUGCCCUGGCCAGUCGACGGCUUGUCUCCUUAGCGAUCUGAGCCAAGGAUACUGAUCAAUACUUUUCAUAUAUUGGCGUUGGGGAAAGGGAAACUGGCAUACUUAGGGUUUUACAUGACUGUCUUUUCAUUCUUACCUCCAUCUCAUCGGCGUUGGGAACUUGCGGCUCCGAAGUUAUCAGCAGCGUGGCUGGAUAACAUCGACAUUUUCUAUCUUUUCGGGGGUCCGCACGAGUGCGCAGAAGGGGUAUUACAGGACCUUGAACCGGCAUGGCAGCUUGGCUUUCAUUGUGUUCUUUUUUAUUUAUUUUUUACACCAGGACGACUACAGGCGGAUGGCAAAGGGGAUCAUGGGUGUGGCUUGGACAUUAUUGCGGGAGUGUUGAAUAAACACCCUUUGAGGUAUUGCUGGCGGAUAUGCGUGUUCUUCGCUCUGCUUUAAUUGAAACAAUACUGAGGAAAUGUUCCCGCCAUCGACAUGUACCGCAACGUGCUCUUCCCAUGUCCCAAAUGAGGUUGUGCACAG